AUGUGUCCCGCCGGUGUGACGCUGUAUCGGGGCUUGCGGUCCGACUCAGAACAACAACGGGAGGAAUACAUCCAGCAACUCAUUCCAAGUCCAUCCCCCAUUCAGCGGAUUAAGGUGAAGAUCCUUGGACACUCAGGCUCAGGGAAGAGUGCUCUUGUUGAGACGCUUAAGACAGGAUACUUCUCUUCAUUUUUCCGAAGGAGCAAAAGCAAUGCAUCUUCAACUUCUAUAGGGUCAGCUGGGAAGAGUACAUCUGCAAUGAAAGGCCAUUUUGAGAUGGAGUCUCCAGUGAGCUCACGUCAAAACUCUCUUACCUUUGAACCUUGUGAAAAUUACACAAGAGGGAUAGAUGUGCAACAAGUCAAUAUUUCAGGUGUAGGAGAACUGUCCUUAUGGGAAUUUUCUGGCCAUGAAGCAUAUUUCCCUGUGUAUGAUCAUUUUAUUGGCAACACUUCCUGUGUUCAUCUCAUUGUGUUCCCACUCAACCAACCAUUUGAUGUGCAGCUACAACAGUGUUCUUUUUGGAUGUCUUUCCUGCAAGCACGCAUUCCACCUAUGGAACCCCUUAAUGUUCGAGGGAAACCUAGCAAGGCAGCCAAAGUGGCCCUAAUUGGCACUCAUGCUGAUGUGGCCCAGUGUCAUCGUAAUGCCCAAGGGGAAUAUAUUGCUCCACAAGUGCAUCUGCUACAGGAAAAGCUGCUUGACCUCUUUGGUGAUGUGUUUGAAGUCCAUGACACUGUGUAUGUGAUGGAUGCAACUGCACCUGGAUCAGCCGCCUGUCGUGCUCUCAAACAGUAUCUUGCAGAUUGUAAGGCCAAGGUCACUCAGGUGAGGAGUGGAUGUUUAAUUAUGAUUAAUCAGGUAGUGGAUUGGAUUUUGCAUAACAGUGACCUUGAGAGCAUUACUAACAUCUUUUUUAGAAUAAGAUUGUGCAUCUUACAAGCCAUUUGCUUGGCGUAGGAAUUGUGACUAUUAACCAAAUCCUACUGUUAACGGCUAAUGCUCUCUCUCUCCUUCAGGAAAUAUAAAAAUUGUUUACCAUAAAGAUAUAAGGAUUUUUUAAGGC